UUUUAUAAAACAAUUCAGUUCCCAUAAACACUCUCUCAGUUUUUAUUUUUCUCAAGAAUAAUGGCGUCUGCUUUCGCUGGUAAUUACGAACACGAAAAAGAUGAAAAUAUGGAACAAUAUUACAAAGCUCUUGGACUUCCUGAUGCUGAAGUUGAAAAAUACAAGAAACCAUGGCGCACAAACGUAAUCGAAGUAAAUGGUGAUGAUGUUCAUGUGACAACAAAUGCAAAAAUUUCAUAUAAACUAGGUCACGAUGUUGACGAAAUUCUUGCAAAUGGUCAUAAAGUGAAGAGUCAUGCAAGUUUGGAGGGUCCUAAAUUGGUUGUAAGAUCCACAUCACCUGAUGGCAGAAAAGGAACCAGAACAUAUGAACUCUACGAUCAAGGAGUAUUAAUCAGCUUGGAAUUAGAAGGUUCACCAGUAGUUGGAAAAAUCUACUAUAAACGAAAAUAGGGACUUCGAUUAAGGUUUUAAUAUUUGACUCUGAUUUAUGAUACCGUGUUUUUAUUUCAUUUCUUAAUAUAAUACAAGAUAAGCAUAAUUAAA